GAUCGAGGGAGAGCGACUUGUUGGAGCCGGUCGAGCGCCUCGAGAAGAUGGGGCGGGUAUCCAGCUGAGGUGAUUCCAUUUUGGCUGGUUGUGUAUGUGUGUGUAUGUGUAUGUGGUUGAAAUGUGUUUUUUUGCGGUGUGUGGCGAGGAAGUCGUUUCUAACUCUUUGCUAUGUAUUCUACGCCGAUUGUGUAGUGAUCUUGUUCAUCUGCAGAAGAGAGGCUUGCAGUAGUGUAGUUUGUUUGUGCAGUGUUUUGGUUGUUGCUGGAGUUGGAACGAAAAAUGAUCGUGAUGGUUGGCGGGAGGCGGUCUUGGUUAUAUGUUUGAGCGUGCCAGUGAGAGAGUGGCUUGGCCAGGCGCUACUGAGGGACUACUGGGGUCGGGCGGAGUGUGGGAUGGUUGGAUGGUGGACGGUGCCAGGCUUGCCAGGUGGAUGGUGGAUGGUGGAUGGCUGAGUUGUAAGGUACCUAUGGUUGUGAGGGGAGGGGUGCCGUUGCCUCUGGACGUUGAGUGGGGCGCUGGGAGUGUCUGUGUGGAUGAAACGGGAAGGCCACACGGACUCACGGGCCCGUUUGAAGUUUCGCCGCCUUUUUGGAGAGCGCCG